GUCAUGGUGAUAAAUGUCCUGACAGCAGUUCUUUGGUUUUGUCCUCAGGCAGGACAGCCACUAACUGCUCUGUGAACAAUGGGGAUUGUGAUCAUGAAUGUCACGAUAGUGAGGAUGGUCUUUUUCGCACAUGCAGUUGUAUUAAAGGAUACCAACUACAAGACAACUCUAGAAAAUGUAUUGCCAAAAAUGAGGCUUCAUGUGGCCAGAUUCGGAUCGCAAAGUCAUCUUAUAUUAAUAAGCCUUUAGUAGGUUUACAGCCGUGGGUAAUAGGAAGUACAGUUGGCAAAAAGGGAGAGAGUCCCUGGCAGGCUCUUAUACUCAAUCAUUUGGGCAAGUUUCAUUGUGGUGGAGUUCUGAUUGAUGAAAACUGGGUUCUCACUGCUGCUCACUGCCUAGAGAAAAGUACAAGGUUCACUGUCAGGCUGGGUGACUACGACCGAUUUAGGAUUGAAGGAUCUGAGAUGACCCUUCCUGUAAAACAAUCUAUCGCCCACCCACAAUACAACCCUUUCACUGUGGACAAUGAUAUAGCUCUGUUGCACUUGGCUACACCAGCCAAAUUUUCCACAUACAUACUCCCAGCAUGCCUCCCUAGCCAGAACCUGGCCGAACGAAUGUUGCAUCGUAACGGCACUGUCACAGUCGUCACUGGCUGGGGGAAGGACAAUGAGACCUCUCAUCGCUACAGUUCAACUCUCAACUUCAUUGAAAUUCCAAUUAUAGACAACAAAGAGUGUUCCAGGCAUAUGAUGAACAACCUUACUCAGAACAUGCUUUGUGGGGGAGUGCUGGGGCAAAUAAAAGAUGCUUGUGAGGGGGACAGUGGGGGUCCAAUGAUGACACUGUUUCAUGAUACAUGGUUCCUCAUAGGUCUGGUGUCCUGGGGAGAAGGCUGCGGGCAAAAAGACAAACUUGGCAUCUACACCAAAGUGUCCAGCUAUUUGGACUGGAUAGAUAGCGUUCGUCAGGGGUGGGAUAAAGUUUAGACCCCUACCUGUCUACCCUGUUUUGCCUAUUACAGAAAAUAUAAAUCAGUGUGCUCCCUAUAGCUCUUUGGUGUAUAGAAAUUGACAUUUAAUAAGCACAUUAAUUAAAACUGCUCUUAUUUUCCUGUUAUCUGCAUGUUUGGGAAAGUAAUGCUGUCAGUAAAUAAAGUCGACAAAAGUUACACAUUAUGUUUUAAUGAGGCU